AUUAGGCGGUUGCCCUUACCUUCGAAUUUUAGAUCGCGCGGUGCUGAGAUUUUGCAUUGCUUGCUUUCCACAUUAGCCUUGCAGUUUGGCAGGGAUCCGCGAUGCAAACGUGCAUUGGCAAUACCGUUAGGACGAAUCUUGCGGGUCAGCGUUGCGUAUCAAAUGCGCCACACCCAAAUGUAAGGCCAACAUUCAGGAUAUGUAGAAGCGCCGCAGUCGCGUCUGCGGUUCAGACGACUCCGGAGGAUAAAUGGCUAGCACGAACCGUAAAGGACGUCGCGACCCCUCCCAGCUUGGCUGGGCUUCGUGAACAGGCCAAUUCCGCCAUCGCAACACUCCGCAUGCCCAGCACCCGUAACGAAGACUACCGCUUCACAGACAUCACUCCCCUGCUGCGAACCGACGUACAGCUGGCCCCCGCCGGCGCCCCGGUUUCCCCCGAGGUGCUGCAGCGCCACAGCCUGCCGGGUGCGGCGGCGGUGGCGGUGCUGGUGGACGGCCGGCUGCGGCCGGAGCUGAGCCGCGGGCUGGGGCGGGGAGCGGCGGGCGAGGGGGCGUACGUGGGGCCGCUGGAGGGGGCACCGCAGGAGGUGGCAGAGCAGCUGGGCUGCCUGUCCGGCCCCCGGGGCGGUCCCUUCGCCACCCUCAACAGCGGGCUGGCGGCGGAGGUGGUGGUGGUGGCGGUGCGGCCCGGAGUGGCGCUGGGGGGACCCGUGUUCGUACUGCACCUGGCGUCAGGCUCCUCCUCCUCCUCCUCCUCCUCCUCCACCUCCGCCCCCGCCAGCGCUCCCCGCGUGCUGCUGCAUGCCGGCGCCGCCUCCUCCGUGGAGCUGGUGCAGGAGUUCGCACAGCUGGAGGGCGCACCUGCAGCGGCAGAACCCGCACCCGCCAGCAGCAGCGAUGCUACAGCAGCAGCAGCAGCGGGGACAGCGGCAGCAGCGGCAGACGGUGUUUCCGCCUCCCCCUCCGCCUCCCCCUCCGCCUCCCCCGCCUCUGCGCCCCCCCGCUACCUGUGCACCAGUGUGGCGGAAGUGCUGCUGGAGGAGGGGGCGAGUGUACGGCACGCCUACGUGCAGCGCGAGUCGUCCGCCGCCUUCCACUUCCACGGCUCACUGGUACGGCAGGCGGCGCGGUCGGAGUACCGGCUGACGGAGGCGGCGGUGGGGGGCGGGCUGGCGCGGCACGACCUCACCAUCCUGCAGGCUGGCCCCGAGACCCGCACCGAUCUGUCCCACUUCCUGCUGUGCGGCCCGCACCAGCUGCACGACCUGCACUCGCGCCUGCAGUUGGACCACCGGGGCGGCCAGGCCAGCCAGCUGCACAAGUGCAUCGUGAGCCACGCCAGCGGGCGGGGGGUGUUUGACGGGAACGUCAAGGUGAACCGCGGCGCGCAGCAGACCGACGCCGGCCAGCUGUCCCGCAACCUGUUGCUCGUGCCCCUGGCCACCGUGAACGUGAAGCCCAACCUGCAGAUCGUGGCGGACGACGUCAAGUGCACGCACGGCUGCGCGGUGAGCGACCUGCGGGACGAGGAGCUGUUCUACUUCAGGGCUCGCGGCAUCAGCGCGGAGGCUGCCCGGCAGGCGCUGGUGUUUUCCUUCGGCAGCGAGGUGGUGCAGCGGGUGGGUCACCCCGAGCUGCAGCAGCGGGUGCAGGCGGACGUGGCUGCCACUCUGGGCAGGCUGGAGGG